CGGCGGCGGCUCUCCGGCCUGGCGGGCCCCACAGCCACCCAACCUCUCGGCCAUGCCGAAUAAAAAGAAGGAGAAAGUGAACCAGGAACCUCCAAAAGCAGGCAAAAGUGGGAAGAGUAGCAAAGAUGUGCAAGAUAACCUGGACGUUGAGGUCACAAGCAAAAAAUCAAACAGCACUCCACCUGCCGCUCAAUUAUCUAAAAUCAAAGUACCUCCUCCACAGCCUGCAGCGAAGAAAGAAAAACGGCAGAGUUCUUCUAGGUUUAGUAUUAGCUGUAACAGAGAACUCCAAAAGCUGCCAGCUUUAAAAGAUGUUCCCCCUGCAGAGCAAGAAAAGCUCUUUAUUCAGAAGUUGCGACAAUGUUGUGUCCUUUUUGACUUUGUUUCUGAUCCACUAAGUGACCUAAAGUGGAAGGAAGUGAAACGAGCAGCUUUAAGUGAAAUGGUAGAAUACAUCACACAUAAUCGCAAUGUGAUCACAGAACCUAUUUACCCAGAAGUAGUACAUAUGUUUGCAGUUAAUAUGUUUCGCACAUUACCACCUUCAUCUAAUCCAACGGGGGCAGAAUUUGACCCAGAGGAGGAUGAACCAACCUUAGAAGCCGCUUGGCCUCAUCUACAGCUUGUUUAUGAAUUUUUCUUAAGGUUUUUAGAAUCUCCAGAUUUCCAACCUAAUAUAGCUAAGAAAUAUAUUGAUCAGAAGUUUGUAUUGCAGCUUUUAGAGCUCUUUGAUAGUGAAGAUCCUCGGGAGAGAGACUUUCUUAAGACGACUCUGCACAGAAUAUAUGGGAAAUUCUUAGGCCUAAGAGCUUACAUCAGGAAGCAAAUUAACAAUAUAUUUUAUAGGUUUAUUUAUGAAACAGAACAUCACAAUGGCAUAGCAGAAUUACUGGAAAUAUUGGGAAGUAUAAUUAAUGGAUUUGCCUUACCGUUGAAAGAAGAGCACAAAAUCUUCCUUCUGAAGGUGUUAUUACCUUUGCACAAAGUGAAAUCACUCAGUGUCUACCAUCCACAGCUGGCAUACUGUGUAGUUCAGUUUUUAGAAAAGGACAGCACACUUACUGAGCCAGUGGUGAUGGCACUACUCAAAUACUGGCCAAAGACUCACAGUCCAAAAGAAGUUAUGUUUUUAAAUGAAUUAGAAGAAAUUUUAGAUGUUAUUGAACCGUCUGAAUUUGUAAAGGUCAUGGAACCUCUCUUCAGGCAGCUAGCCAAGUGUGUCUCCAGUCCACACUUUCAGGUGGCAGAACGAGCACUGUACUACUGGAAUAAUGAAUACAUUAUGAGCUUAAUCAGUGACAAUGCAGCAAAGAUUUUGCCCAUCAUGUUUCCAUCCUUGUACCGGAAUUCAAAGACGCACUGGAACAAGACAAUACAUGGUUUGAUUUACAAUGCUCUCAAACUCUUCAUGGAGAUGAACCAAAAACUGUUUGAUGAUUGCACACAACAAUUUAAAGCAGAAAAACUUAAAGAGAAGCUAAAAAUGAAGGAACGGGAAGAAGCGUGGGUUAAAAUAGAAAAUCUAGCCAAAUCAAACCCGCAGGUAUAUGGAAAAUAUUCAGAGUACUCAGUAUAUAGUGAGACAUGUCUGGUGACCAGUCCUGUUGCAAUGGAAACUGAUGGGCCUUUAAUUGAAGACUUGCAGGUGCUGACAAACACAGUGAAAGACGAAGCUUGUAUGGCACAGAAGGAACAGAAAAAGGAGCGUCCUAUGGUGCGGCGCAAGUCAGAACUGCCUCAGGAUAUCUAUACCAUGAAAGCCUUGGAGUCCCAUUGCCGAGCCGAUGAGCUAAUAUCACAUGAUGGGCAUUAGACUAUUCAAGUGAAAUCUU